UUUAUGUCAACUUCCUAAAAUAAAAUGACAUUUUUUUAAUGUGCUUGGUACUUUAUUCUGUUACCAUAUUCCACUUCCGGGAAGUUUUCAAUUUGUAAGACUUUAAUUUAAAGAACAUUUUGGUAGUAGAAAAAAUUUGUAAAAUGGGAAAUAGAGUAGUAUCAAAUAAAUCCGUUCCAGAGGGUCUUGGAUGCAUUAUACAUAAUGAAGAUGAAAUGAAUGAUAUUCAUAAUGAUCAGAUCAAAUUUGGGUCAGUCUACUCUAAACGUGGUGGUAAGAUUGUAAAUCAAGAUUCUGCUGUCCUUUGCCAGGGCUAUGGAUCAACAUUAGAUGGUGUACUUUGUGGAGUAUUCGAUGGUCAUGGCGAAUAUGGUCAUGUUGUGAGCAAAGCUGCUAGUCGUCGCUUGCCAUUGUUAUUGCUUAAUCAAAAGAAUGCAGUAUUGUCGUCUGAGGUACCAACUGAAAGUCAAUCAAGUAAUUGCAAUGGUUCAUCAUCACUAGACAAGGAACUUGUUGAAUGGAAGACGGCAUUUUUGAAUUCUUUCAAAGAAAUGGAUGAUGAAGUGAUGAAAAUGGCGCUCAAGGAGCGCUACUUUACGAGUGGAAGUACUGCUGUAGUAGCCCUGAAACAGGGUGAUGAUCUUCUCAUUGCUAACCUUGGGGAUUCAAGGGCAAUCCUAGGAACUAAAGGAGAUAAUGGAGUUAAAGCUGUUCUACUGACCAUUGAUUUAACACCUAGAAUACCUGAUGAAGCUGAUAGAAUACGAAGUUUCGAUGGUAGGGUGUUUGCAUUGAAGAAUGAACCAGGGGUUGAACGAGCAUGGAUGCCUCGUCGUAAUUCUCCAGGGAUGGCUAUGUCUCGUUCUUUUGGAGAUUUUUUUAUGAAGCAGUGUGGCAUAAUUUCCACUCCAGUCAUCACUCAUCACCAUAUAACUUCUGAUGACCUCUUUAUCUUGCUUGCAACUGAUGGAAUAUGGGAUGUCCUUAGCAAUGAGAAAGUAGCAUCAAUUGUAUGGGGUGUUGAGAAUGAAAAGAUGGCAUCAAAAGCAGUUGUAGACGCGGCUGUUGUAGAAUGGAAGGCGAAGUAUUCACUUGAUCGACCUGAUGAUUGCACUGCUGUUUGCUACUUUCUGCAGAAGAAAGUUCAGACACCAAGUAAACCUACCUGAUCUUCAUGAUGACUGAUGAUUGAUGAAGGAACCUUGUACUUAAAGACCAAUUGUUCAUUUUUAAAGUAAGUUGUAACUUGUAACAUAAUAUGUGGAUAUUAGAAACUAACCAUGUAGAUAUAUUUGGUGAUUUUGACUCGAAAAUGGAGGGACUCGCUCUUUGGUGAUUUUGACUCGAAAAUGGAGGGACUCUAUGAAGAGGUUCUUCAUGUCUUUGAUGGUCUGAUGGAUACAUAAACAAGCUUGAAGGAUUGGGGCAUGGAUGCGGAAUGUUUUUGAAUUCUUUAGCUUGUGAUGGUCCAAACUUCAAAUAGAUCCUUUAGAAUGAGGGAAAUUAGUAAAGGGAUUAGAGGCUUUCUUACCCAUUCUCCUGUCUCGUCUAUUCACUUUGUAAAAAGGAUCGUAAAUGUGCAUAUUGUACCAAUUGAUUGCAAA